AUGACAACGUCGAGCACGGACAGCUCGCAAACCUCAGAAUCUCCAGAGAGCCCUCAGAAACCUUCAGUCUCCACUACAAACUUGAGGAAGAGAGCGGUUUCGAAGAACAAACAAGAGGAAGAAGAAACCGUCAUUGCCAACAGAGACAAUUCGUCCCCAUCACCUCAACAGGAAGAUGUGGAAUCUGCAUUUCUUGGGAUCCAAGAAACCGUGAAGAACAUGAGGAAACUGUUCCCAAUACUUGCAAUGGGUCUCUUAACUCUGUUCCUAAUUAAUUUGCUAGUACGACCAAUUGGAACUGGGAAACCAAGAUCGGAUUCCCAAGAAAAGAGCAUUUUUCCUGCUGAGUUUGGCGAGCAUGUGACUGAAUUCGAGUCUGUAAUGCAGAAACUGCGUGAUCAAGUGGAGGCAUUUGACGAAGCAAGAAAACUUAUGCAAGAGAAAUUGGAAUCAUUGGAAGAGAAAUUGGAUUCACUGGACGAGAAAUUGGCAAGGAUGGAUUCGGAAAAUUCUGUGACCCAGACAGCAUUGGAAAACUUGAAGCUCGAAUUGUCCGAGUUCAACCAAUCCUUGUCAGAACUUCACAAAGUUCCUGACAAUAUAGCUGGAAAUCUAAAUGAAUCAACACUAGCCCAAAAAUUCGCCAAGAUCUCGGAUUUUACAAGAAUUUUGGUAGAGGAAGAAAUUGAAAGGCAUGAGGCAGACGGGAUUGGCAAAGUAGACUAUGCUUUGGCCUCAGGAGGAGCAACCAUUUUAAGACACUCAGAACCCGAAUUUCCUGUCAAUGAACACAAGCACUUGGUCCAUCCCGACGCGAUUAAAAUGCUGCAACCAAGCUUCGGGGAACCAGGUCACUGCUUCUCAUUUAAGGGAGAUUCUGGGUAUGCAGAAAUUCGAUUGAGGACUGAAAUUUUUCCUGAAUCGGUCACAUUGGAACAUGUUUCGCACAGAGUCGCAUACAAUUUGUCCUCUGCUCCGAAGGACUGCAACGUUACUGGUUGGCUUGAGAGAAACGGUUCGGCUUCUGUGAAUGCCCAGAAUGAGACAAUCGAGGUGCAUAACUUGGUGAGUUUCAGGUAUGAUCUCAAGAAGAAGAACUUGCAGACAUUCGAGGUCAAGAAGAAGUUGAAUUAUUCGGAGGAAUUGGUGGUGAGUGUGGUGAGGUUUGAGUUUGCUUCGAACUAUGGAGGCAAUCAUACUUGCAUUUAUCGAUUCAGGGUCCAUGGACAUGAAGCCAAUGGUGCUUUUGGGAGGGUCCGUAGAUGUCGAAAUUCGGCAACGGGUAAAUUAUUAGUAAAUAGAUCAGUUUUGUUGUUGGCUAUGUUUGUGUUUCUUGCCAUUUAG